AUGGAGCACCUCGUAUGUGACCGGAAAGUCGGGGAAUCGUUAUUGGAGCAGAAGGUGAAUCGCCUUCUUGCUGCAAUUAGCCGGGUAACAGAACGACAGGCUAUGUCAAGCUCGACCGCAGCUGUGACAUCGAAGGCAGCGUCAAGAAGGACAAAAGGGUCUUGGGUGAUCCCAAAAAUUGUUUGUGCCAAGUACGUAUCCAAGUAUCUUUUGAGUCGUCUUUUGUGUGCUAAAGAGGUCAACAGGUGGGAAUAUGCUAUAGACUGGAAGGCUCAAAAUCCGCAUGGCACGCUGAAGGACUUUGGAAACGAUUGGAAGACGACGUCGAAGGAUACGGAGAAGGUGGCGAUAUAUCAGGCUCGCGCAGAUGAAAAACUCAGGAAGAACCGCAAGGCAACUUAA